UGAUCCCCUUCGCUACCGCCAUGUUGUCUAUCGCUUAUCCUCAAAGGUCAACCGGGUUUCAGUUUCCUUCUUCCAUUGUUCUUGUCUAGCGAGUGGGAUUCGGCUCUGGCCGGAUGGUGAAAUACAUUGCCGUAUUUCUUUUCCACAAAGGAGAGCUGAUAGGAUUCGAAAGGGACCGAGUGGAAAGGGAAGAAAGAUUUCGUGGGGGAAGGAAGACUCGUUAUGGCUUCUCUCUUUACCAGCUUCACCGCCUUUCUUCUUGUCUGCUUCGUUCAUGCAGAACACCUGCGAUUCCGUCGACAAGCAAGGAGCUCGAUUCAAAGCGCGAGCGCGGAGUGCAAGACGCCCGAACCGAACAUUCGACCAGGGAAAUGCACCCAUAUCAAAGAUUGUGAGGAGCUCCUCUCUCUCCUACGAGGACCGAAUCAGAAUAUUCCAUACGUGAGACAGUCCAUCUGUUUCAUACCGGUCAAUGGAGGGGAUCCCAUUGUCUGCUGCCCGGAGGCUAAAUCCCCUGAGCCCAUUCCUGAUAUCGAAAAGGAAGUCGAUAAAACGAAACUGUUCCCAGAUCCUCGCAAGUAUGAAUGCGGGAUUGAGAUCAAUGACAGGAUAGUGAACGGGGGAGAUGCUCCCCUUGGAGCGUGGCCCUGGAUGGCUCUGCUUUUCUAUCAAAUUCCUGGGGGAGGAGUGAAGCCAGGCUGUGGCGGAGCUGUGAUCAACAAACGAUACGUAAUCACAGCUGCACAUUGUGUCAGUCCUGGAAUCAUCGGCGAAUACAAACUCGCAUACGCGAGACUGGGAGAGCAUAAGCUAUCGACAGAUCCAGAUUGCAAAGGUCCGAGGAGGCAGGUGUGUCAAUCGCCAGCCAUCAAUGCGGAAGUGGAAGAGAUCAUCUACCAUCCCAACUUCAUUCAAGACACCCGAAAGGGCUCCAAGUUUGACAUUGCCCUCCUCCGUCUAGGCAAAGACAUCGACCUUAAGAAUGGUAGUAUUGCUCCGAUCUGUCUGCCGUUUGACAAGGAAAUUUUUGCACCGGAUGGAGAUAUUUCCUUUGAUAACAAGACUGGUUGGGUGACAGGGUGGGGGAAGACAAGCGUCACAAGGCCGAACAACGGGAGUGACGUCUUGCAACAGCUGCAGGUCCCGAUCGUCCCGCUGACAAAAUGUGCCACCACUCCCGUCUACAAGACGGUGGAAUUCUCAGAGGAACAUGUCUGUGCCGGAGGAGAGCCUAAUAAGAACUCUUGCAAAGGAGACAGUGGGGGACCGUUGGUGAUCUUGAGAUCCCAACCUGGGAGUCCUCAAUAUUUUCUCAUCGGUGUUGUCUCAUUUGGUACUCCAUAUUGUGGGCUUGUUGAUGCUCCUGGUGUCUACACUCGCAUCACCCAUUAUCUUGACUGGAUCCUCGAUCACGUCAAGGAAUGACUAUACAGUA